ACAUCGCCAUGACUUCGCCUACGAGCGUUAUCGGGGAUUUCUAUUGGAGAAGCAGUUUCUGCCUAUCUUCAUACAAUAUUGUCUUUGGUACAGUCUAUUAUAAAAAGGUCAGGUGUGAGAACUGCACAAACAAAACACAUGCAGUUGGUUCGGGCAAAGCCAGUGGAUGCUGAUUGAUGGCUUGCUGCUUUGAAUUGGACGAUUAUUUCAGACUUUUAGUACCGAAAGUUAGCUUACCGUUAAUUCAAGACUAUAAUUAGGUUACAAUUUUCUGGUAAUUGAUGCUUGUGACUGACAAAAUGCACAUUGGAAUUAUUGGAAUCCUACUGGGCAUGUACAUGAAGGUUCAAGCAGACUGUGAGCCGUACAUCAUUCUUAUUAGAGAGGAGGAGAGGUGCCUUCAUGAGUUGCGACUGCAUAAUGUGUCCAAAACUCCCCAACCAGACUGCAAGGGCAUGUGGGACCACUUCAAUUGCUGGUCUCCUGCUUUUGUAGGGGAAACUGCAUCACACAACUGUUCCAAUUUCUUCAAAUCAGAAGGUAAAGUGUACCGGAACUGCACAGACACGGGCUGGACGGACCCUUUCCCUCCUUACGAGCAUGCAUGUUUCAACGAAACCUUACACUUACCUGGAGAGUCACAUGAUUCCCACAUGUACUUCCCCUACGUGAAGACCAUGUACACUGCAGGCUACGCUCUCUCUCUAAUCUCUCUCACCAUCGCCAUCACCAUCCUCUGUCUCUUUAGGAAACUACACUGCACCAGAAACUACAUCCACAUCCAACUCUUCGUUUCCUUUAUCCUGCGUGCUACCUUCAUCUUCAUCAAAGACUCUGUGCUCUUCACCGAUGAAGACUUCUACCAUUGUGAUGACUACCCAAUGGUGUGUAAGUUAGUGGUGAUGUUCUCCAACUACUGCAUCAUGGCUAACUACAGCUGGCUGCUGGUGGAGGGACACUACCUCCACACCCUGGUCAGCGUCUCCUUCUCCAAGAAGAAACACCUUUGGUGGUACAUCGUCCUGGGCUGGGGUUUACCAAUGAUUGUCAUUGUAUCCUGGGGCUUGGCAAAAUACUUCUAUGAGGAUGAAGGCUGCUGGGAGACAAGGGUACGUGACUGGGUUUGGUGGAUUCUCCGAUUACCAGUCCUACUCUUCAUAAUUAUUAAUUUGGUAUUUUUUCUGAGCAUCUUAAGAAUUCUGGUGGGGAAACUGCGGAUGCCAGACAUGCAUGGAAAUGAAUUCAGCCAAUACAAGAGACUUACCAAAUCGACUUUUCUUUUGGUGACCCUCUUUGGUGUGUACUACAUCCUCUUUGCCUUCUUACCCAUCAAAGUCAGUGGUUUAACUUACAAAAUAUGGACCUUUGUUGAGCUGGCUCUUGCAUCAACACAGGGCUUUGGAGUUGCUGUUCUUUACUGUUUUCUAAAUGGGGAGGUACAGUACGAGGUACAGAGGAGAUGGCGCAGGUGGAGGCUGAAGCAGCAUCUACACGAGGAGCCCAGACAGCAUGGUUCCAUGAGCCAAAGUGUCUCUCCUCUUACCCAGGUCUCCUUGCUUCCCUGUUCCGGACCGGCCAGCCUGGCAUGAUCUUAGACCCCCCCCCCUCCAAUCACUGGAGAUCUAGACAUACCGGUUAAAAACACUUAUACAGAUGACUCUCAAGACAUCAAGGGAACUUUAAGUUCUAGAACUUUCUUGAACUUGAGGAAUGGUCCACAGAAUCACUUGGCCACUCUUGAAGACUUGGACAUGGCAUGGGAAACAGCACUGUACUGUGAAUUUUGCCAUUCCCACAAGCAACAUUUCUAGGACUAUGGACAGUGGACCAGGCCUGAAGAUCUAGGACAUUUGGGUUCAGUGGGAAAUCCUAAGAAACAAGAACAUAUUCAAAAAGGGGAAGUAGGACUCAGCUCUUCAUCAUCAUGUGAAAGAGAUAUCCUGGAAAGAGGUCUGGUUAUGACCAGCCUUUUGUCCAGAGAAUUUAUUGACAUGAUUGAAAAUUCUCACUUUUUAUUAAACUUGGAAGACAGAUAUUCUAAGAAACAUAAUUUACUGUUCUUUUGUACCAUUCAAAAAAAAAAAAAAAAAAAAAUACCCAGAUCAAGGGCUGCACAUUUUCAAGCUAAACAAAUUGCUGGUGAGAGUUUGUUAGACCAGUCAUCUUGGUUGUCUCUAAACACUUUACCCAUGUAAAAUCUCAGAUUUGGUCUCUUUUCUUCUUGUUCAUUGUAACCUAUUAUAAACUGUGUGGAUCGAGUCCUGAUCGGCUGACAGCCAUGGUAUAUCAGAUCUUAUACCACGGAUAUGAAAAAACAUUUAUUUUUACUGUAAUGUUUACAUUGGUAACCAGUUUAUAAUAGCAAUAAGGCACCUCUGGGAUUUGUGGUAUUAGUUCUUAGGCACAACGCAAAGCGGAGGCCAUAAUAACACACCCCCUCAGGCCUUAUUGCUUAAUUAUAAAAUGGUUCUAAGAAAAAGUGUGCACUAAUGUCCUAAAGAACCUCUACAUUGGAUACUUUGCUUUCAUUUCUUCCACAAGGCAAUAUAUUAUUUGAUGGCAUCUUCUUUGGACUUUCCUAUUGGAUUGAAAAUAGAAACAGGACACAUUGAAGAUUUGUGUUACAUUCAAAACAGCGAGAGAGUGGAAAAGCAGAAUAAUACAUUGUCCAAAAAUACUUACCUUCCUGUGCUUUCCAACCAUCCCAUUUAGAUUUUCCUUGGAAGUCAAAUAUUCCCGGACGCUCUGUGGACACAAUGCAUACAUCUUAAAAGUUAUCUUACAACAAAAAAAUAUUGCUUUAACUGGCAGGUAUUGGCAGUCUGAAAGACACUUGCCCAUCGGACAAGUCAGGAGUAUUUUUUGGUUACCCGAAGAUUAUGAUCACUUGCCUGUUAAUGUAAAAAUAAGCUACACUGAAUAAAAAUGUAAAAAGCAACAACUUCUACAGUUCAGUUCAUAUAAAAAGGAAAUCAAUCAAUUGAAAAUAAAUAAAUUAGGCCCCAAUCUAUGGAUUUCACAUGACUGGGAAUACAGAUAUACAUCUGUUGGUUACAGAUACCUUAAAAAAAAAAAGUAGGGGGGUGGAUCAGAAAACCAGUUAGUAUCUGGUGUGACCAUUUGCCUCAUGCAGCCUGACAUCUCCUUCCCAUAGAGUUGAUCAGGCUGUGGAUUGUUGUCUGACUUGUCUUUAAUGGCUGUGCAAAGUUCCUGUAUUAUGGCGGGAACUGGAACACGCUGUCGUCCACGUCGAUCCAGAGCAUCCCAAACAUGCUCAAUGGGUGACAUGUCUGAGUAUGCAGGCCAUGGAAGAACUGGGACAUUUUCAGCUUCCAGGAAUUGUGUACAGAUCCUUGCAACAUGGGGCCGUGCAUUAUGAUGCUGAAAAAGGUGAUGACGGCGGACAAAUGGCAUGACAAUGGCCCUCGGGAUAUCGUCACGGUAUCACUGCAUUCAAAUUGCCAUAGGUAAAAUGCAAUUGUGUUUGUUGUCUGUAGCUUAUUCCUGCCCAUAUCAUAAUCCCACAAUGGGGCACUCUACUCACAACGUUGACAUCAGCAAACCGCUCACCUACACAUGCUCUCUGCUUAGUACAGAUGAAACCGGGAUUCAUACAUGAAGAGCACACUUCUCCAGUGUCCAUCGAAGAUGAGCAUUUGCCUACUGAAGUCGGUUACGCGUCAAACUAGAGUUAGGUCAAGACCCUGAGAACGACUGGCACACAGAUGAGCUUCCCUGGGAAGGUUUCUGACAGUUUGUGCAGAAAUUAUUCGGUUGUGCAAACCUACAGUUUCAUCAGCUGUCCAGGUGGCUCGUCUCAGACCAUCCAGCUUGUGAAGAAGCCAGAUGUGGAAUUCCUGGGCUGGCGUGGUUACACGUGGUCUGUGGUUGUGAGGCCAGUUGGACGUACUGCUAAAUUCCCUAAAACAACGUUGGAGACGGCUUAUGGUAGAGAAAUGAAGAUUCAAUUCUGGCAACAGCUGUGGUGUACAUUCCUGCAGUCAUCAUGCCAAUUGCACAUUCAGUAAAAACCUGGAGAACAAAACUGCACAUUUUAGUGGCCUUUUGUCCCCAAGAACAAGGUGCACCUGUGUAAUGAUCAUGCUGUUUACUCAGCUUCUUGAUAUGCCACACCUGUCAGGUGGAUGGAUUAUCUUGGCAAAGGAGAAAUGCUCACUAACAGGGAUGUAAAUACAUUUGGGAUAAAUACACUUUGUGCAUUUGGAACAUUUCUCUGAUCUUUUAUUUCAGCUUAUGAAGCCAACACUUUACAUGUUGUGUUUAUACUUUUAGUUCAGUAUAUCUACAUGCAGAAGUACCACAUAUUGCCUGCCUUUCACAUACAGGGGAGGAAUCUGAAAAACAAGUCCUGGAAAUUCUUUAUAUUUCGGGUUGUUAUCAGUAAAUAAAUUCUCAGAGCAGGCUGAAAGCUGUACGUUGUCUAUCUUUCACAAAGAUCAGUUUCAGGCUUACUGGAAAUACACAGGUCAAAAAAAUAAAGGGAACACUUAAACAACACAAUGUAACUCCAAGUCAAUCACACUUCUGUGAAAUCAAACUGUCCACUUAGGAAGCAACACUGAUUGACAAUACAUUUCACAUGCUGUUGUGCAAAUGGAAUAGACAAAAGGUGGAAAUUAUAGGCAAUUAGCAAGACACCCCCAAUAAAGGAGUGGUUCUGCAGGUGGUGACCACAGACCACUUCUCAGUUCCUAUGCUUCCUGGCUGAUGUUUUGGUAACUUUUGAAUGCUGGCGGUGCUUUCACUCUAGUGGUAGCAUGAGACGGAGUCUACAACCCACACAAGUGGCUCAGGUAGUGCAGCUCAUCCAGGAUGGCACAUCAAUGCGAGCUGUGGCAAGAAGGUUUGCUGUGUCUGUCAGCGUAGUGUCCAGAGCAUGGAGGAGCUACCAGGAGACAGGCCAGUACAUCAGGCGACGUGGAGGAGGCCGUAGGAGGGCAACAACCCAGCAGCAGGACCGCUACCUCCGCCUUUGAGCAGGAGGAGCACUGCCAGAGCCCUGCAAAAUGACCUCCAGCAGGCCACAAAUGUGCAU